AUGUUUCGUUUCACUGACCAAUUGCUUGAUUUUCUGGAUAUUGUUAAUGGUACUUUUCUGUUCGCUUCUUCGUCAUCAACGUCACCUUCGAUGCUAAGCGCAUCGUGGAAGGUCGUGAAGUCCUGGUUAGAUCCUAGUCAUCCUCAACUUCAUCACGUAACGAAGGAGACGAUGAGUCAAUUUGUUGACAGCAGAAAUGUCCCAUUACACAUGGGAGGUGAGGAUCACUUCAAAUUCACCAUGGACGACUUAGCAAAAUGCCUGCCAGCAAGCCGGAAAGAUAAUAGCCAAAUGACAACCUCUGAGAUUGGAUACAGCUUCGAGAGAAACGGACUUGACUCAAUAAUUAAAAGGGCUGUCACCUUUGACGAUGAUGACGAAGAAGCGAACAGAAAAGUACUAUUAACAAUAUCCAGAAAAUCAAGCAAUUGGUCAGUGAAACGAAACAUUCCACAAUGUUUAAAGACGGUAAUUGAUGCAAGGUUACAUAGCCCCGAAACGGACUGGGUCAAAAACGCAUUCCUUCAGAUAAGCCCACGUGACGUAUUAAAUCUGAGUCGCAUUGACAAUAUCACCGACUAUGUGGAUAUAGUCAUUGUACGAAACAUAUCACAUGUCUCAGUGAUGUUCAAGAUCAAGACCACUUCGCCAGAAAAAUUCCGAGUUCGACCUACAACAGGGGUAAUACCGCCAGAAUCGACGGAAAUAAUACGAGCCUAUCUUCAAAGUGAGUACAAAGAUUCCUGUGCUCGAGAGAAAUUCCUACUUUUGGCGCUGGAAUCCGAAAACUGA